AUGCGGUGUUUUUGGUAUACCAUCAAAGCGACGUGCCUACAACGACAACGACACAGUCGACACCACUACCAGGUCCCCCACCCACCCAAAAAAAGCGACUUGCCUGAAACACAACACAGUCGACUACCACACCAGGUCCUACCAACCAAAGGAUCCAUACGACUUGUAAAUGGUGGGACCAAGCAUGAAGGACGUAUAGAGAUCUAUCAUAAUAACCGUUGGGGAACGGUUUGUGACGACCUGUGGGACGAAACAGAUGCCAGGGUGGUUUGUAGACAGCUUGGAUAUCGUGGAGGCAGUUACACACGGGAAGCACAAUUCGGUGCUGGAUCCGAACCAACAUGGAUGGACGAUGUGGAAUGUUCUGGAGACGAAUAUAGACUGGAGGAUUGCACCUUUCCGGGAUGGGGAACAGAAAAUUGUGGUCAUGGUGAAGAUGCUGGUGUUGUUUGUCUUCCUCCAUCAGAUGGAUCUUUACGACUAGUAAAUGGUGCCACCCAGUAUGAGGGUCGUAUUGAAAUCUACCAUGACGACCGUUGGGGAACGGUAUGUGACGACAACUGGGGCGACUCAGAUGCCAGGGUUGUUUGCAGACAGCUUGGAUACAGUUGUUGUCUUUAA